GCCCCAGAGCGACGUAAUCCGGUUACCAUGAACGGUAUCCUACAGCGGGUUAAGGAAUUAUCGUCUGUAUGGCACCAGGAUCUUGUGGUGUAAAUGUGUUGCGUUUCGAGCAGGGGCCUUCAUCCCGCGAAGUGAAGUCACUCCGCGUCUAUUUGAGAUGAAAUGAAAUGGCUUCGUCGCACUGUGAAGGACCGACAUUGUCUUAAUCGUGUUUAUAUAGAUGACCCUUUUUUUUUCGGGCUUAGAAAGUUGUUGGAAUAUUGGGAGUCUGUUUUUGAUGUCUGUGUCAGAGAUCAAGCCGCGCCAAAGACAGUCUCCUUGAUUGCGUGUCUGGUCUGGUGGUGUUGGAAGUUGUUUUUAGUAAUGCCAGAGAUCGGACGUCGGGGCACUGGCGAGGAACUUGGUGGUGCUGGCGUCGCUGUGGCAGCAGCUGUAGCUAUUCUGGAGAAACACCAAGAAGACCAGAGACGUACAAGGCCGCCGGUGGUUCGCCGUCAACAACAUGGCGAUUUAAUCCCCGGGGCUGGAGUUACCAGCGUCAAUUGUGUUGGGGAGACCAUUGCCCGCCUGCAAAAUAGAUUUAGUGCCGGUCGCUCCGUGGGGAAUAGUGUUUCGCCUUCUUAUACUUCUUCUUCGGUGAGUAGAGAAACGAAACAGGACGCGGACAUUGCAGGACGAGACGAUUAUCCGUCUGUGUGGAAGAACGAACAGGAUAAUUGUGAUGUUAAAUCGAAUUACGUUGUGACAGGACACGAUCAGCGUUUUAACGACAUUCAUAAAUCACCUUCCACUAAAAAUAUCUCCUCUUUAGUGUGUAAUAAUUCUGUAGUUUCGACGCUGAAUAAAGGAUCUUCGACUUCUCUUGAUACGAAGACUCAGAGUGCCCAGAAGUUGGUUAGCGACUGUAAGGUGGAGAUUUAUUUUCCGCCAGGUUCAACACAGUGUCUUAUGAAUGCCGCUAAAAGAUCAUCGGGUAAACAGCAUUCUUUAUCAGAGUCAUUAUCCACUGGGAAUGACUCCCACGGAAGCUGUGACGUACAGUGGUCAUCAUCUCAUCCAGAGGCUGUGGAUCACCAUGAUGGAUGUGAUGACUAUGGUGAUUUAGGCGUUUCUUCUAUGAAGAAUGAUACUUUUCAAAAUGACUAUCAGGUUCAGAACGUCGUGAAAGAAUCUGCGAGUGAUAGAAACAUCCCGCCGAGACGUCCACGUGUGAUUUGUCUCCGGGCGUCUGCGAGUGAAAACGUUAGCAGAACGAAAUCCGAUCCAGAAUUAGCAUCAGAGUACGUCGCACAACAGAGGCAGUUAUGGGAUGACGCUGAAUCAGCAAGCUCGUCGCCGUCGAGUGGGUUAGGAGGAGUUUCAGAAUACCUUCGGCAGCCAAGUUCAGUGCCACAGGAGAACGAGGACCACAGAGGCUCCCCGGCGACAGGUGGAUCGUUGUCUUCCGGAAGCUCUCGACGGAUCCUUGCCUCCUCUGAAUCACUAGCCUGUAUCUCAGAGUGCAACUUCGUGAAGAAUGGUUUGGGAUUUGGUGUAGGUGGGGAUGAAUCAAGCCCUGAUGAAGAAGAAGAUUCAACCCUCAAGUGCAGUGGCACAGCUUGGUCAGGUUCGGACUCUGCCCCACGUCACAGGAGCAGUUCCACCUCUGAGUUCUCCAAUUCGACCUCCUCUGAAGGGGAGGCAGACGAUCUUGAUCGCCCUCCACACAAACCCUGCCGACCUUCUGAAGAUCUUACAACCACGGAUUGUAACGAAGACUUUCUCUGGGUACACGGAUCAGCGAGGGGUGUGGAAAGUAGAAGAAUACAUCCAGUUGAGAAAAGUAAUGUGAUGACAGAAGAGAAGAGAGGUAGAGAUUUCUGCAUCCCAGAAUCUGAUGAUAAUAAUCACCAGGAACUUGACUAUGACCCUCCUCAGAUAAUGCAAAACCGGAACAGUAUGACACCGUCGUAUGAGAAAGUGACAGACAAGAGUGAAAUGCAGACUUCUGGUAACGAUCGAUACGAGUAUCACCAACUUAUCAGUGAGAGUUGUGAGACUUCUCAUCGGAAACCACCAAGACAUGAUUCAGGUUUAAAAGUACACACAUCCUUUGAUAACGCGUCGAGUCUUGAUCGACGACGACAUCAUGGGCACAACAGAGCCAGUAGAGAUCAGAAGGCUCGGUCAUCCAUCGUCCUCCAGUCCCCAAGAUUUCGGUCUCCUUCGAGACAUGUAAGUCCCUCAGCUGCAGAAUGUGCUCACUACAGUAACACUUCAUGCUGCAGUGAAGCAGCGAAGAUCCUCAUGAACCACGGUGUCUCUUGCUGUGAUUCAGCAACAAAUCUUCUGCGACCGUCAGGUUCCCGUGAAUCUUCCCAUCAGCAUCUUUAUCCUUCGCCGUGCAGUGAUCCUGCUCACUGCUGUUUAUCAACUUCUGUCCAUGAAGAUGUGAUGUCAUCCUCUUAUGAUUCUUCGUUCUCUGACAAUCGCCACCAUCACCACCACCAUGGUGAUCUCCAAUGCUAUGGAAGUGCUGGGAAGUUGGAUUGCCAUUCUCGGAUGUGUCAUGGCUUAGGGAGCGAGCAGUGUUGCAGCAUGUUACCACAAGGGGGAGACUGCUAUGGUUCCCAUGGUUACCUCCCCUUGUGCAACUGUCAGGCAGAACAGCGGUGCAGAAGGAGGCACGUUUGCAAGCAGCCUCCGGUGAACUUUGAUGUGGAGGAAAGGUUGCGACGCCUGGAGGCAGACAAGGAUUCACUUCAACUUCAGGUGACUGUCCUCACUGAACAGAUCGAGGUUCAGACAGACAAGAUAUCAGACCUUGAGAAACUGUUGGAAGAGAAGAAGAUGCAACUUGCCAAUGCUGAGGAUGUGCUGCAGAGGGAGAUGCUGUCCCGUUCUUCGUCGGAGACGCAGAAACUGGAGCUUCUGUCAGCCAUGUCAGAGCUGAAGCUGCAUCAGGCAGCCCUAGAACGAGACAAUCUGGAGCUGCGAGACCGUCUCGGUGAGGAACGGCGGAGAAACAAACCUCCAGUAAUACCACGCUCAGCGCUGUUAGCGACAUCUACACCAGUCAGCUCUCAGCAAGCUUCACAGCUGUUGGGAGGAGGUUCGCCAUCACCUAGUCCAGUUUCGUCACUGUCAGAAGGUAGCCCCCGUCGUCUGGGAAAUCAUCCAAACAGCGUGGAGGACUUCAAGGACAUUCCCGCACCCCGGACCCCUCCUGCAAAUUACAGGCGUAAGGUGGAGCAUUAUGGCAGCCUUCCACGUCAGCGCAUCACAACAAAUGGUACAGCUGUCUCGCCCUUGGACGGCAUCACUCCCACAGCAAAUUCUGCUGGCAUGAGGAAGGGCGUUGCCUUUGGUAAAGGUCUUGUUUCUUCAUUCCUACCUUUCCAGCAUCCACAUCAUCAUGCAUCGAGGUUAAAGGUCUCCGGUCCAGACAAGAGUUUCUCCACGCCCAAUCUAGCUGAGACGGAGCGGGUGGUAAUAGACGAUGUGCCGGCAUCUCCGUCAGCGGAAGUUCUGGCAGAAGAAGAGGUAGAUGAAACAACCGGUUCCCUUGGACUUUCUCCUCAACCGAGUCCUUCAUUCCAGUCUAACAGGGGUAAAGGUAUCAAGAAGAUAUUUGGACGCGUGAAGCGUAGUGGUUCUGGUAAUUUGGAUGACGUCCCGGGGGAAGGAGAGUUCCGCCGGGGUGGAGUGAGGGCCACGGCAGGACCAAGACUUGGUUGGACCAAUCAGCCAUUUAUAAAACAAAAAUCUGGUGAAUGUUGCAGGCCAGAUCAGCCCUUUGCUGAAUGGGACAGUGAAGCCAUCUCUGGAUGGUUGCAAGAACUGGGAUUAGAUUGCUACGCAGGCGACACGAAACGGUGGGUAAAGAGUGGUGCUCAGCUGCUGCAAGCUUCAAAUCAUGAGCUUGAAAAGGAACUGGGAAUUAAGAAUCCGAUCCACCGGAAGAAACUUCACUUGGCAUUGCUGUCACAGCAAGAGGCAGUGUUAACGCUCGACCCUUAUCUUAUCCCGGCUGGAGAACUGGAUACAGCGUGGGUGUUGCGAUGGCUGGAUGAUGCAGGUUUACCACAACACAAAGAGACAUUCCUAGCUGCCCGAGUUGAUGGAAGAGUACUUCAUCGUCUGACUAUGGAUGAACUGGCAAUACUGCAUGUUACAUCUCAUCUUCACAUUGCCAGCCUUAGAAGAGGAAUUCAGGUACUGAGGAAUAACAAGUUUGAGCCGAACUGUUUAAAGCGACGAUCUCUACCUGAUGACCCAUCGCAACCAACGGCACAGGAUGUAGCUCUGUGGACAAACCAUCGUGUCAUGGAGUGGUUGCGGAUUGUGGACCUGGCAGAAUAUGCCCCUAACCUUCGAGGCUCGGGGGUUCAUGGAGGCCUCAUGGUUCAUGAGCCACGUUUCACGGCCGAGUUGAUGGCCAGUUUGCUGUCAAUACCGCCGAGUAAAACAUUAUUGCGUCGCCACCUAAACACGCACUUCAAAGAACUGCUAGGACGUGACUGUAUCCAGGAGAAACGUGAAGCAGAGGCCACUUUAGGAUAUGUUCCUCUUUCUGCCACUACUAAAGUUAAAGUCACAAAGAAGAGCCAGUUCAUACUGAAGCGUAAGAAGUCAAGGUCAGAAUUGGAUUUUGGGGACUUGGUUUGUCCUCUGGAUCCCAACAAGUCAGGUGAAACACUGCCCCCCGGUGAUGGCAUGACUCAGACGGAGGCACGACAUCCAAGAGCCGUGGCUGCCUGUCGUGAAGCUGCUAUCAGUUCACCAGUGGAUAGGCUGAUAUCUGAGUGCAAAUUUCCAGAGAGGACCAGCGAUGUCUGAAAACUAACCAGAAGACGAGAACAGAGCUGAUUUACAGCGCAGGAAUUCACGAAGUAGACUGCGUUACAUUUAAGUGAAACAGCUGUGCCGGACACUUUUGUUGAAGCGGCGUACCCGUCUGUCUGCACGUGUAAUGGAUUGUGGUGUUGGUCAUUGUAUACAGUUACAGUGGGCAGGUACAGUAUACAUGAUAGCCGCAUAUUUUGAAGAUGUUCUUCAAAGUAAAAAAGAUAUAAAAUAAGUGGCUUUCGUGGAAAUCCCAUGUCAACAGAUUUCUUCAUGGUUGUGAUGCCGUGUGGACUCGUAGGUAGGUAAACAGCCUCCUCCGGACUGAAGAUGGAGGCAGUAUUUUUCUCCAAAAUGUUGGUAUCUACCUACAAGUUCACAUGGCAUUGCAACCCAAAAGAAUGAUAUUGACAUCUUUGCCGCCUUUUAUAUUUUCACCACUAAUAUUUAUAUUAAUAAUGAGAGAAAAUGCUUUUAUUAUUCCUUUGGUGUAUUACCGACACUCACGGACUGCUACAGUCUCGUUUGGUUGAUUCCGUGAUCUCUCACUAAUUUUUCUAUGUCUUAGUGACCGUGCGAAUGUCAGUCGGACACGGAUAUUCCGUUAAAAUGCACUCGUCGAAUGUAAUGAGAAUAGUGAGAUCCUCUGGAAUUCAAUCAUACAUACUACAGUAUUUUUUCUUAACUUUGGACACCGGUUCAUUUCUGAGUUCUAAAAAUCUUUGCGUGUAAAGUUUGUAAUCUGCGGCAGUGUUCUGAGCUUCUGACGUGUUCACGACACAGCAUUCUCAAAAGAUUAGUCUUCCUGUUGAAGUCAUUCCGCAUCCACGGAUAGAAAUUGAAUGUACCACGCCGAAUGUCACUGCCAAGUAGUUAGCAAUUCUGCUUUUUAUUUGGGAGGAGAAAAGAUUUUGUACUGAAUGACAGCGAGCGUUCUCGGAAUUUAAUCUACUCUUGAUUUCAUCAUGAUCGUCUUUCAGACUUGUUAGUGUCAUCCCCAAGUACUUGAAUUUUGUCACAUUUUCGAACAAUUUAUUAGAUAUUCUCAUAUUCUGAUUCUGUCCAGAAUUUUGUUGCCGAGACAUGAUCAUAUACUUUGUCUCCUCUCCAUUUAUCUCGAAACCGUGUUUCCCUAAAAUUCAUUUUAAUUACAUCCACUCAUUUAUGCCUAGGUCCGCUGAAUGAUCUCUUCCCUCCAUGCUUCGAAAGCAACAUUUUGUGCACUGUUCUCAUAUCCAUGCAUGCUUCAUGUGCGACCCAUCCACAGUAUAGUCAACUCAUAGCAUGCAAGCCCAUUUCUAGUUCUAUCAUGAUUCAAGGGAUUUGUUGUGAUUGAAGCGGAUGUAAAAUGAGUUUUCUCUUUGAAAUUUUUGCUGAAGGUGUCCCACGUUUGUUGACGGCUACCAUUCAAGCAGAUAAGCAGUGCCUGUGACGUCUGUUUUUGUUAGUCACGUCCAUGUCGGACACUUAAAUAUGAAUGUCAGAAUACUGAAAAAUCAAGACAAUAAAAUUAUUUCUUAACAUUCACCAUUUCACUGGUUACUGAUGAUAAUUCGUAGGUUAGGUUGGGUUAGGUUAUUUUGUGAAUGAGCUGGUGUCUGUAGUUAAGAAAACUUAUGUUUAUCAGGUUACCAAAAUGCAGAUGUUCAUCUUUUUAUAUGGAGUCAUAUGUAAUAUAUUUCCUUAUAUUCCUGCUUAUUCCAUCCCAAUGUUGGAUUUUAUUAUUUGGAUUGUAAAAAAUCUGAAUUUGAUUCCGUGGAUUCCUUUUUAAGAGAGAAUUACAUUAUUUAGUACUAAUGUAUUUGCUCAAAUAAUGACCACGCAUAUAUUUCACAAAGGCGGUAUUCUGAUAGUUGUUUGUCGGUAUUAACUAAUUAUAUUUAAACGACGACGCUUUUCUAGUUCAGAACUUCUCCACUUCAAAACUUAAGGGGACUUGUUUUAACUAUUCGUAGCUAAGAUUGAUAUAUAAAAUGAAGCGUAAUACUUAAAAUGUUACAAUCAAGUAUACUCGUAAAAAUUAACAUUUUUGUUUGUUUUGUUGGUACGUAAAUCCGAGUGGUGGUGGUGGUCGUUAAUGCGCAUUAGCCCGUAGUACUAAAUGGCAGUCUAGAGCCUUUUACGGCCACCCUCAGUGCUGCUACAAGCACGGACGUCUCCCGGUCUUCGUCGUGUUUCAUCCCUAUCGUCCCUACGUGUCUUCCAGUGGAACGGUGGUGCUGUAAAUCGCGGAAGUUACUAAACUCAAACACAACAUUUUGAGAUUGGUAUUAGUGCAUUUUUGGUACAGAUUUUUACUGCCGUCUUGAAAAUUUUAAAUUUAAUUCGUUUCAUAUUUGAUAUUCUGAAAGUUGGAGAUCUUAGUGAAUAUCUGUCAGAUUACGUACGAGGAGGAGGAGAUUUCAAGAGAGAAUUUAGACACUGAAGUAGAUACAUUAAUAUUAUGACUGUAUAUGAAAUUUAUAUUUUAUAUCCUAUUGUGUACUUGUACUCAUUUGCUUAUCCUGGGACCAAACCGUAAGCAACACGGCUCAACAUUUUGUACCAGAUGUGGUUCGGAGUUAGAAAGAAACGCAGUACGGCAGAUUUUAAUCCGGAGAAUAUUGACUGAUAAUACUUCCAUAGCUGGACCAUAAACCACGUGGUUAAUAUCAGAAUUAUUUCUGAAUACGAUGUUAUAUUUUUCAUUUUCGGUAAUAUUUUACAGGAACUUUAAUUAAAAUCAAAACUUUGUGAGCCAGAGGCGAGGGCUUUGCUGUGGCUCGGACACCUAAGUUUUGAAGAGUAUCAGAUCAAGAUUAUGGUGACGUUUGGAAUUGGUAAAGAGUGCUUACGAACACCCAACAACAUGUAUCUUACUCCCUCGCCCAUUUUCUCGUAGCUCGACUUAGAUCAUCAAAUUCUGUUACCCAAACUCAACGCCCGCUGUACAUAAAUGUUGCUUGUAAUCGGAACGCAUUGUUCUUAUCGGAAUCACGUUUGUCAGUGUGAAAGGAAGUGCCGAUGUCGAAGACCUUGUUUUCCAGAUAGCGUUUGGAACGAGUUUGACGUAUACGUUACACUUUGCACUUCUUUCCAAGAUGUUUGAACUGUUUACCCCUUAAAUUGUAUUAUAUGAAGUAAGAUCGUAACCGUGUCCCACACUUCAGAAUUAUUAACUUUUUUUAUGUACCAAUUUGGCAGUGGUUCUUUACCAUUUGGAAACUGCAGGUCCUUUUGAAGGGUCGCAGAUUUAGACAGAGGCCCUUGCCCUCGAUACUAUUGCUCAGAACUUGAAGCUGAUACUUGUGAACAAUCAUAUGAUCGAUCUGGUCGAGAACCACUGCCACGAUUUUACCCACUUUAACAGGCGUGAGCAGGCAGAAGUAACCGAAGAAAUUUGCGUUCCGUUGGGUGGAUUUUACUUCGCCGUGUGUGUGUGUACUGCGACACUUGCAGUAAUCCCUAUAAACAUAGUUGCCUUUAUUGAAUUUCUAAACCUAAAUGUAGUACGUAGUUUAAAUCGGAAAUAUUUAUCACAGUCAUGUUUGUGUGAUUUGGUAUUAUGAAGUAUUAAUAAUCGUAUAUCGAAACGAGCUCAGUAAAGAGCGUUCAUAUAGUGAAUAUUGUACAGUUUUCAUAAAAUGACAAUAAUGACAUGACUAAAUGUUGUGUAUGUACAAAUAUUUUACCAUUGUAAUACAGAUUUUGUGAAUUGGUUGAUUCAAAACAUUUAACCAAGUAUUUUGCUCCGAGAUCCAUUAUAUAAAUAACUCGUUAUUAUGUUUGAAAAUUCUGAAGAUCUUUGUACCGUAAAUUUGUAUUAUGUGAGGUUAGGUUAGGUUUAAUUCCUUUUAAUCGUGGUGUUUUACAUCAUAUUUUGUAAAAUUAAUUAACUUAAAUAUAAAAAUAAGAAAUUAUAUUGUAAUAUAUUGCUCAAUUCAUAUAUUUCUUUGUGAGUAACAAUACAAAACCUGUUCUUCUUAAA